ACACUAUAACAGAAUGUUUGCGUAAAUAUGCGGUUUGGUCCUAUAUUACUUCCUUGUUGUUCAUAGACAAUAUAACAGUCUUUUUAUGAUAAUUAUUACUUAAAACUUCUUGAUGAUGAACCACAAAACUAAUUUAUAAAAUUUAUUUCAAACACAACAAUUCUAAUUAGCUAACCGCAAUACUAAAGUAACAGGGUAUAAAAGCUACUUAAUCAAUACGGUCAACAGUUUAUUUCGAAUCAGAAAAAAAUUUGAAACCAAAAAAGUUAGGGAAAAGUUGAAAGGAUAAGCAUACAAGAAGACAAUCUUAGCUUUAUAAACAUGACGCUUUUUAUUUUCAUAGCUCUUUCCACGUUUGUUGAGAUCAAUCUAUCAGCUCCAGUUGUGGAAAUCAAAUUUUCAGCUCCAGUUUUAGAUAAAGAAGAUGUUGAUACAGCAGUUGAGACUUUAAAUAUUAACAACAAAAUAUUAUUUAAAGAUAUAAACUAUACAACAGUAUCUGACAAUGUAAAUAAUGCAACAGCAACUAAUCAUAUAAAAAUAUUGAAUAAUAGUUUUGAAGACAAAAAUGCUGACAAAGCAGAUUUAAACGUUAAUGAGGAUUUAAACCAGAAUUCAAUUCGAUUUAACCAAAAUGAAGAGAGUGUUCAAGCAACAGGUUUACUCUCAGAGAUAAGUAACAACGAUGAAAAACUUUAUUACAAUUUAAACAAUUUUGAAAAUAAUUUUGACAAAAAAAAUGCUAAAGACGAAGUUGAAAUUGAAAACGAUAGUUUAAAAGAUGAUCGCGCUGAUAUUGAAACGGCAAGUGAAGCUAAUGAAAUGGAAGAUAAAGCUGAUGAAAUGGGAAAUGAAGCUGAUGAAACUAGAGUUAAAGCUGAUGAAACGGCAAAUGAAGUUGAUGAAAUGCUAGGUGAAGAUGAUGACGAAGCAAUAAACGAAGCUGAUGAAACAGCAUAUGAAACAGAUAAUUAUAAAAUGGUAGACAAAGCUAAUGUAAUGGAAGACAACUUAUUUGUAACGGCAGAUGUUGCUGACGAAACAGAAGAUAAUGCUGACAAAAUGGAAGAUGAUGUUGAUGAGAAUAUUGAAAAUGGGGUGAGUCUAACUGAUUUUUCUGAUAAACAAAAUGCCAAUUAUGAUGAAGAUCUAGCCGAUAAGGUAUUUAACGGAAACAAUGCAGAUGAAAUUAAUUAUGAUAAUAACGAAAAUGAUGCAGAUGAAAUCGUUAAUAAUGCUGAUAUUAAUGACGAACAAAUUUACUAAGGAGAACAAUUAUGAUGAUAAUGAACAUUUUUUUUAAAACUGAAAAAAAAGAAAAAAAAAUCUUUUUUUAAAAAAAACUUUAAAAACAACCAACAAUAAGAUAUUGUAAUAAUUCUCUUGGAAAAAUAUUUUUCUUUUAAACAAUUAAAAAAAACUAAAAAAAAUCCCAAGAAAUUAAAUUUAAAAACUGAAAUACCUUGUAAAAACAAAAAUAAAAAUAAUUAAAAAAAUUGUUAAAGAAGAAAAUGAAGAUCAGUUUAACGUGAAAGUGUUUUUAAAUUAAACCUGUUGGUAAUUAAACUGUGUUGGUAAAUCAAUUGUUUUGAUGUACGUACAAUCGCAAAUGGCUUAAUCUUAAAACACGCAAAACGUAGAUGUUUCACACACAUAGCGGUUAAAAUCUGUGAUAAGAAGUAGUAAAAAAAAGGAUUGUAAACAUGAAACAUGAAUUUUUAUUUGUCAGAAAAAUCUUUGUAACCGUAGUUUAAAUAUUUUUUAAGUAGUAAUUUGCAAAUCUAAACAAAA